GUCACGCAGCAAGACACGCCCCCAUCCGGGGAUAUGACACGCACUCCUUCUCCAGCAUGGCGGCUGCAGGUAAAAAGAUUAAGAAAAAGGGUAAGACCCUUACCCUGACUGACUUUUUAGCAGAGGACAGCGGGGGAAAUGCUCCGCCGAGUUAUGCGCCCACAAAGCCCACAAGCUGGGCCGACGAGACCGAUGACCUGGAGGGAGAUGUAACUACAUCCUGGCACACAGAAGAGGAGGUGUAUCGUGCGCCACCCAUCGAUCGGUCCAUUCUGCCGACGGCUCCACGUGCCGCCCGUGAGCCCAACAUCGACCGCUCCCGUCUGCCCCGCAGCCCCCCUUACACCGCCUUCCUGGGCAACCUCCCCUACGACGUCACUGAGGACUCCAUCAAAAACUUCUUCCGUGGACUCAGUGUGAGUUUCUCCUCUUCCUACAUCGCUGACCAGUCCAAUGAGAAAGAGAGAGACGAGCGCUCUGUAUCCGGGUGGGAUCGCAACCGUAGUGAGCGAGACAUGGGCCCAGACAAGACCGAUUCUGGAUCCCGAGAUCGUUAUGAAUCAGACCGUUACCGUGAUGGCCAGAGGUGGGACAAUGACCGCUAUGAUGGAGGAAGAGACAGAUACCGGGAACGUUAUGAUGACAGAGAGCGCAGAGACUAUGACAAAGGUUAUGAUUCUCGCAGUGGGGGUCGUCGACCAUUUGGAAGUGGCUUUCGGCGUGACUAUGAUGACCGACGGGACGACGGACGGGGCAGCGGGGAGCGCUAUGGAGAUCGCUAUGGUGACCGUGAAGAGAGAUGCGAGAGACGGGAUGAGAGGCUCGAGGACAGAGGUCCACCUCAGAGGCCUAAACUGAACCUGAAGCCUCGCAGUGUUCCCAAAGAGGAAGACCAGAGCAGCGGCCCUUCAGCCUCAUCGGGACAAGCUGCUUCCAUCUUCGGAGGAGCCAAACCGGUGGACACGGCAGCUAAAGAGAGAGAGGUGGAGGAGAGACUAAAGAAAGAGCAGGAGAGACUGCAGAGGCAGCUGGAGGAGGACAAGAGCAGAGGACCUGAACGCAAACCCAGAGAGAGGCAUCCCAGCUGGCGCAGUGAGGACCAAGCAACCGAGCGCUCACGAACAGGAAGUGAGUCAUCACAAACAGGAAACACAUCGAGCAGGGCGCCGAGGCGUCGGGAGAGUGAGCGCUCUGUAGAAAACGAGGUUUUCAGCAGCCGUGACGAGGAUUCAUCCUUACAUGGAAACCAGGUUACUACUUCCAAGCAGGAGGGGCUGCCGCUGAAAGUUGUCCCGGCGCCGCCACCUAAGGAGAACCCUUGGGCGAAGAGGAGCGCCAUGAGUGCAGGAUCCAGCGAGAGUGAUAGUAAACCUGUCGUCUCUCCCAGCAGUAGCGCUCCACCCAAAAGUGCAGCAAGCUCAGCUGAUGCUCCUCAAAGAAAUAAAGAUGAAAACAAAGCAGAUGGGGUGCGCCGGGACCGGGGCCCCUCUCGGGGGCGUGGUGGGGCCUCGGGCUCUGGGGCAUGCAGGGGGCGUGGAGAAGCAGCCAGCCGAGACCGAAGGAAGGAGACAGGAGACAGAAAUUCAGCUCAGCCAGUAAAUACGCGGCCUUGCUGAUGGACGGGGAGCAGGGAGAUGAAGAGGAGAGCGGAGAUUAGGAGGUGGACGGACUGCACGGACGACAGUCUAAAUUGAAUUACAAAUUAAACCUACAGCUUUUGUUUCAUGCAGCACUGAAGGACCCUGAUGAGCCCUUUGAGAGCAAAAACCCAUUUUUAGAGCAACCCCUUCCUCUUCAAGACUGAACCGAAAACCUAGUGGGAAAACACAGGACUCGUUUUAAAGUAAAAAAGAGUAUGGAAGGAUGAAUGCUUAUGACUAAUAAAUUUUUUGGGAGUGGGUUACAAUACACAUAAAAGAGAUCCUGCUCUAGCAUGCAUCAUAUGUUGAGUGCAUUUCUCAUUAGCUUGCACGAUGAGUG